AUGACUUCUCAGGGCAAGGAGGUGGACACACAUCCUCGGGGCAAAUGCAGGCGCAAGGCAUGCUGGGGGCACUCUGGUUUGCUCAGCUUGGCCUUUGGGGUUGCAGUGGCCCAUGCAGCAUCUGCUGGCAUCGGUCCAGGACUGGCUGUCACACCUCCCUUUGCAGGAUCCCGGGACACCUAUCGGCCACUGCACCCACCUCACGACACACCAGACCACCAGCCUUGCGGUGGCGCCUUCGUCUCACACGCUGCCUCGCUGCGGCUUCUUUUUAAAAACUACUUUUGCGCGCACAUUAACACUUGUCCACCGAGGAUCCGAACACCCUCCCAAGGCGCCUCGAUCCCUUGGGCUUGUGACACCUAUCUCAGCGGGCACGCACCGCUGGGAGGGCGGGACCCACUGCGCCGGGACCCCCGCACACGACCCGCAUCCUCGGGGUGCGCGACGGCCCAUUUGGACACGUCCUCGGCCAGCCGAUUUUUUGCGCUUCCCCUUCGCUUUAUAGGGGCGACCGAUGUGGGUCCGUCCUCUGAAGAGGCUGGGGCGUCAUCGGUGGUCAGGAGCGCAGCUCCUCGCAGGGGACACUCAGUCGCGUCGGCGCCGAGGAGCCGGCAGCUUCAGGUGGCUCGCCUGCUCUCGCUCGCCGGUCGGGCUGCGGUGGCGGCGGCGGCGGCGGCGGCGGCAGCGGCGGCCGCCAGCGGCCGUCCACGGGGCUGUGUGGGGACCACCACCGAGUCCCCGACACGGGGCGCGCCGGGGCCGGGCGCAGCGAGCCCGGGGGCACUCAGGGCACCCGGGCCAGGCGUGAGCCUUGUCCCGCGAGGGGCCAGAACCACCAUGCUGAAGUUAGCCAUGAAGAUGAGAGCCCGCGCGGCGGAGAGCCACCGGAAGACCGCGGCCGCUGCCGCCGAGGUGGCGGCCGAAGCUGCGCUGGCAGCGGCCGCCUUGGCCGAGCCCUGCGAGCCCUUGGCGCCAACGAAGCCCGCGGGCGCCGAGAAACCCGCGAAGAGUACGGCGCGCGAUGCGCCCCCGGCCUCUAUGCUGACCGAGAAAGAGCGGAAGAAGCUAGAGAAGAAGCUAUUGGAACAACGCCGCAAGGAGGAGAAGAAGCGCGAGAAGGAGAGGAAGAAGUUGGAGAAGAUGCAGAAGAAGCAGAAGAAGGGACCCGCAGCCCAGGAGGUGGCCAGAGGCGUGGGCCGCGAGGAGGGCGCCGCCGGCGAGGCCGCCGCCGCGGGCGCCGCGCGGGGCGGCGCAGGGGGCGGCGAGGCCGCCGCUACCGGGGCCACGAGUAGGGCCUGGGCCUCGUGGGAAGUGGAAGACGACGACGACGAGGACGACGUCUACUACGGGAUGCCACACAUGGGGGGCCUCGUGUGGCGGCCCGGGCCGCACAAGUCCAGCGCGCUUAGCGUCCACCUGCCCCUGGCCAUCUUCCUGGUGUUCUCCGUGCGCAGCCCCUCGUGGGUGCUCAACUUCCUGCUGCAGCGGCGCUCCGAGCAGGGCCGCGGCUGCGGCUUCAUCUUCGGAGCGACCUGCUGCUUCCGAGUGUUCCUCGGCUGCGCCUUCUUUGAUAUGCAGGGUUUUGAAAAGCAGAGAAGAGAAUUAAUUGUGGCAGCUGCCCCCCCCAGCUGCGCCCUCCCGCAGUCGACCAGUAAAAACGCGCACACACGCAUUCUGCGUUAG